AAACUUUUAAGUACAAGUGACCAAAAGCCGUGGCGUUCCUAAUCACAUUUAUCCCUACCACCACCAUCCUCCCCAGGAUAAAGUACUCCUACGUGAGAACCUUUGCUACCAUGGUUUCCUCGCUCCCAUCUUUACCUUCUGUCCUAGGCACGGAUCCAUCGUCCUGCAUUCUUGACGCAUUCCGCACUGCUAUCGCAAAACGUAUAUCCGACGCACUCCCACCCCUUACCAUCGAUCAGGCCUAUACUGGCGUCGAUUAUGGAAAGAAAGGCGUCGAUUUCACAGUUGCCCUUCCGCGAUUCAGGCUCCCGGGCAAGCCUGACGAGCUGGCCAAGAAGGUUAUAACAGAUUUCCAACCAGACGACUUCGUGUCGUCAAUAACCCACGACAAGCAGUUCCUUCAUUUUCAGCUCAACACCGCUUCCCUCAUUCGCGAAGUCCUUCACCAAAUACAUACCCUCACCUACGACAGCCCAACAGGGAAGCCGUCAUACGGUACAAACACCUCUGGCGCGGGCAAGAAACUCGUCAUUGAGUACUCCUCGCCUAAUAUUGCCAAGUCAUUCCAUGUCGGACAUCUUCGAAGCACGAUCAUCGGCGCAUUUUUAGACAACCUGUAUCAAGCGUGCGGAUGGGAAGUAGUAUCUCUCAAUUAUCUGGGUGACUGGGGCACUCAAUUCGGCAUGAUCGCCACCGGAUUCGAAAAGUACGGUUCACAAGAGGAGCUUGAAAACGAUGCGAUCAAGCAUCUCUACGACGUCUACGUUAAAGUAUCUAAAGACGCUGAUGCAGAUCCCAAUGUCAAAGCCGAAGCCGCCAAAUGGUUUAAGCGGAUGGAGGACGGCGACGAGUCGGCACUUGCGAACUGGCGAGUGUGGCGGGAGAUGAGCGUCAAAAAAUACGUAGAGGAGUAUGAACGGUUAAACGUGUCGUUCAAGGUCUAUACGGGGGAGAGCGAGGUUGGUAAGGAAUGGCAGGAUCGGGCUCUCGAGCGCCUCGAAGAGAUGGGUCUAAUCAGUGAUGCCGAGGGUGCAAAACUUGUUGACCUCGAGAAAUGGAAGCUCGGAAAGGCUGUCCUCCGCAAAGCUAAUGGUACUUCAAUAUACCUCACCCGUGAUCUUGGCGGUGCGAUAGAGCGAUGGGAGAAAUACCACUUCGACAAGAUGAUCUAUGUCGUGGCAUCGCAGCAAGACCUGCACUUGUCGCAGUUUUUCAAGAUGCUAUCGUUGAUGGAGUUCCCCUGGGCAGACCGCCUUGAACAUGUCAACUACGGCUUGGUGCUCGGCAUGAGCACUCGAAAGGGAACCGCAGUCUUUUUGGAUCAGAUCAUCCGCGAAGCCUCGUCUGUCAUGCACGAACAGAUGAAGCGGAACGAGGUGAAGUACAACAACAUUGAAGACCCUGAGAUGGUCGCUCGAGAAGUGGGUAUCACAGGAAUUAAGAUUCAGGACAUGGCUGCAAAGCGGAUCAAUAACUACACAUUUAACUGGGACCGUAUGCUUUCCUUUGAGGGCGAUACCGGACCAUACUUGCAAUACGCACAUGUUCGUCUAACCUCCAUGGAGCGAAAAAAUCCAGAGCUCAUCCCCCUGCCGCCUCCAUCCGAGAUCGACACUUCCUCUCUUGCUUCCUCCCAACACGCACGCGACAUUGCUAUCCUUCUAGGAUCCUACCCCGAUGUCGUAAAGACUGCAUUAAAGACGCACGAGCCCAGUGGUGUAGUGACUUUCGCUUUCCGCCUGUCGCACGCGAUUUCAAGUGCCUGGGAGACGCUCAUCGUUAAGGGGGAAGAAGAUACAGCAAAAGCUCGUGCGAGGCUGUGGCUCUACCUUUGCGCGAGGGACGUGUUGGGUGCUGCGAUGCGGCUUCUGAGUAUCAGGCCUCUGGAGAGGAUGUAGUGGGUGUUUUUGUGUCGCAGUUAAAUUGAUUGAUACAGAUCAUGAUUAUACAUCGAAGGUUGGGCAUGCUCGCUUCUUGCUCGCUUCGACAGAAAGUCUUGUUUGUACUUAUAUAUGUAACGCUCUGUGCAAGGCAAGUGAAAAUAGCCCAUUAAUAUUUUGAUGAUCAAAGAUGUCUCAAGGCGUGA